AUGACCCAUAUAAGGCGGAGGCCGUGGGGAAAAUGCGCGGCGGAAAUUAGGGAUCCGAACAAAAAGGGUUCUAGGAUUUGGCUUGGGACGUACGACACGGCCGUGGAAGCUGCAAGAGCUUACGACCAAGCGGCGUUUCAGUUGCGUGGGAGAAAAGCAAUCUUGAAUUUCCCUCUCGAUAUUAGGGCUACUUCCGAAAGUUGUUUUGAGGAAGGAGUCGUCGGAUUAGGGAAGCGGAAGCGGAAGCGGGUUAAGAUUUCUCCAGCGGUGGAGGAGGAAGAGAAGGCGUCAUCGGUUAGGGUGAAACUUGAGGAAGAAGAGAGUGAUACGACGACGUAG